UUGGGCGGACCCCAGUGACCUCUUGACGUUCCGAGCCGUUCAGCUCUCCGUACUCGAGGCUGAAAAGGCUUUGGCGGAGCAAAAGAUGUGGCAGGCGCCGGGAGGUUGCACGGCGCAACUCGAACGACAGUUGAUCGAAGACCGCCUUGAACGUGCACGGAUCGAGGUACAGCUAUAUAGUCAGGCUAUCGCGAACGCAGACGAGCUGCCUCGUCUCAUGUUCGUUGACACAGAGAGACACAGUACAGAUAUCCAGAUGAGCGUGGAUGAUCCGUCGUCGCCCCUGUCUAUGUCUCCCGACCCCGAGUUCGAGCAUAUGUCGGACUUGGAUCAAACGUCGAUGUCAUCGGUCGAUUCUAUUGGGUUACCUAUGUUGUCCACGCUCGAUAAUAUCACCAUGCCAACAUUUCCUCCUGUAAUGGAUACGUUCGGUUCUGAAAUAUCCAUGCCUGACAUUAUAUCACCCUGCAGGCGUGAAUUUGGGCCAGUUCCAGAGUCUGAGAUGUCGAGUGUGGUCAGUUAGAGAUAUCUUUGCCGACACAGGCGUUCGCGUCCAGUAGUAUCUUUCCAAAAUGUAGCUUACAGCCUUUAAUCAUGCCCCUUCCUGCCAAUAAUCAGAUGUUGUUUG